AUGGCGCAAGUUAAUAUUCGUAGAGAUGUAGAAGAUCAAUUCUAUAGAUACAAAAUGGAAGUUUUACAAGGAAAAGUAGAAGGUAAAGGUAAUGGUAUUAAAACUGUUAUUGUCAAUUUACCAAAUAUUGCAAGAGAUUUAGAUAGACAACCAGAAUACAUUACUAAAUUCUUUGAAAUUGAAUUUAAUGCUAAAUCAAAUAUUGAAAAUGAAAAAUAUUCAAUUAAUGGUCAAUAUACAGUUGAAAGAUUAGCAUCAGCUUUGGAUAAAUUCAUUAGUAAAUUUGUUUUAUGUUCCUUUUGCAAGAAUCCAGAAACCAAAUUUGUCAUUAAAAAAGGUGUCAUUGAAUUCAAAUGUGCCGCUUGUGGUAGAGUUGGACCAAUUGAUAUGAAACAUAAAUUAACCAGUUAUAUCGUAAAGAAUCCACCAAAGGCUGUCUCAACCAAAUCAACUCAUGAUGAAGCUUUGGCUCAACAACCACAAAUUAAGAAAGAAAAGAAAUCUAAAAAGAAGAAGGAUGACGACGAUGAGGAAGAUGAUGUCGUAUGGUUCACUGAUACCUCUGAAAAGGCUGCUGAAGAGAGAAAGAAAAAGGCAAUCGGUGAUUCAACCUCUGCUGUCAUUAGUAUGAUGGCUGACAUUAGUGUCGAACCACAAAGUGCAAAGGAGGAACAAGAUGAAGAUGAUGAACAAGAGGAAGGCCAAGAAAAAGAAUCUGACCCAGUCUCUAGUAUCAGUUCAUUCCUUGAAACCAAUCCAGCUGAUCAAGAAUUGAUGGAAAAACUAGACUCUGUUCAAGAGGAGUUUGGUCUUAGAAGUUCAGCCACCUCUAAAGCUGCAAUUGAAGCUUUAUGUAAAAACGCUGAAAACACCAUCAAAUUUGUAAAGACUCAAACCGCUCUCCUCAAGAAAAUCUCUAAAAGAAGAGAUGGUAAAUUGGGUAUUUUAUUAGGUUUCGAAGAAUUAUGUGUCAAAGAUGAAACACUCUUGAAAUCAAUUCAAGGUAUCUUGAAAAACCUUUUCGAUGCUGGUAUUCUCACUGAAGAAAAUAUCCUCAAAUGGUAUCAUCAAAAAGCAAAAUCAAAGGUUGUAAUUAAAGCUUGUAAAGAUUUUAUUGCAUGGUUAGAAACUGCUGAAGAAGAGGAAGAAGAUGAAGAAGAAGAUGAAGAAGAUGAUUCUUAA